CAAUUAAAAUUUUCCAACUAAUUAAUAAACCCCCCCCCCCCUCUCCUCCCCCCUCCUGUUUGCAAUAAAAUCUCAAGUUCGCGACAUUUGGCUUAUCUGGUAUGAGUUUCAUUUGACAUAAAUGGAGAGCAUAAGCUGCAAAAGCUUAGGAGCAAUGAUGGAGCUGCUCUGGAUUAUGGUUUGCUGUCUGUCCCUAGCAUCUUCAUCUUCGCAAGCAAAACCUAAAGCAUAUGUGCAAUCCAUCAACCAGUCCAGCAUACAUCUGAACAUGUAUCACGUGCAUGGACAUGGCUCCUCACUCACCCCGAACUCCUCCUCACUUCUUUCUGAUGUACUCUUGCAUGACGAAGAACAUGUCAAGGCUCUGCGUGACAGACUAGCAAAUAAAGGUCUCGGUAGUGGGUCUGCCAAGCCGCCAAAAUCUGGACACCUCCUAGAACCAAAUUCAGCUAGCAUCCCAUUGAAUCCAGGUUUGUCCAUUGGCUCUGGUAAUUACUAUGUAAAGUUAGGUCUUGGCACCCCUCCCAAGUACUAUGCCAUGAUUCUCGACACAGGUAGUUCACUGUCCUGGCUCCAGUGCCAGCCCUGUGCAGUGUACUGUCAUGCCCAAGCAGAUCCCCUGUACGAUCCCUCCGUAUCUAAGACCUACAAAAAACUUUCAUGUGCCUCUGUCGAGUGCUCCAGGCUCAAAGCUGCCACUUUGAAUGACCCACUUUGCGAGACAGAUUCUAAUGCAUGCUUGUACACGGCCAGCUAUGGGGAUACUUCUUUCUCAAUCGGCUAUUUGAGUCAAGAUCUAUUAACCCUAACAUCAUCUCAGACUUUACCCCAAUUCACAUAUGGAUGUGGGCAGGACAAUCAAGGGUUGUUUGGAAGGGCAGCUGGUAUCAUAGGGCUAGCCCGUGACAAGCUUUCAAUGUUGGCGCAGUUGUCCACCAAGUAUGGACAUGCCUUCUCCUACUGCCUCCCCACGGCCAAUUCCGGAUCUUCUGGAGGAGGCUUCUUGUCCAUUGGAAGCAUUUCUCCAACAUCCUACAAGUUCACCCCUAUGCUCACAGAUUCAAAGAAUCCCAGCUUAUACUUUCUGAGAUUGACAGCUAUAACUGUGUCUGGUAUGCCAUUGGGUUUGGCUGCUGCCAUGUACAGGGUCCCGACCCUUAUAGACUCCGGAACUGUUAUAACACGACUGCCAAUGUCCAUGUAUGCAGCACUGAGGCAGGCCUUUGUAAAGAUCAUGUCCACCAAGUAUGCGAAAGCCCCAGCAUAUUCCAUCUUGGACACUUGUUUCAAAGGGAGCCUCAAGAGCAUAUCAGCUGUGCCCGAGAUUAAAAUGAUUUUUCAAGGAGGCGCAGACCUCACGCUCAGGGCCCCAAGCAUUCUAAUAGAAGCUGAUAAAGGUAUUACAUGCUUGGCCUUUGCAGGUAGCUCUGGAACCAACCAAAUUGCCAUUAUCGGAAACCGUCAACAGCAAACAUAUAAUAUUGCUUAUGACGUCUCAACUUCGAGGAUUGGUUUUGCUCCUGGUAGCUGUCAUUGAUCAGCCGGGUGCCCUGUUUGAUUACCAUGAACCGUGAAAGAUGUGAAAUACAUAAACCAUCACGGUAAAACUGGGUUUGUAAGAAAUAUUUAUUUUGAUAAUUCAGUGAUAAACUGUGUGAAUAAAGCUUCGCCUGAAAAGGUUUGUAUGAAUGUACAUGUGUUUGAAUGCUUAUGAAAAAUUGCGUUAUUCUAAA